GAAGGGAGAGAUUCAGAGCAAAUGUACUGUUCAGGUGUGCCACUACAGAGUAUUUCAGAAGCUUUGUUCCUUGGUCUUUUCUGUCUUCGGGGGUUUUAAUGAAAAGAACCUAAAUAUGACAUUUAAAACAGGAGAAUUCAGAUAUUUUGAUUAUGGCAGUGAGGAGAAUGAAGUUAAAUACAACCAAACUGAAGCCCCCUUGCAUAGGUUAGAAGAUAUGAAAAUUCCAACUGCAUUGUGGUAUGGUGGAGAGGACUGGCUUGAGGACCUGGAGGAUAUAAAGAUAUUACUCCCACAAAUCACUAAUCUACAGUAUGAAAAGUAUAUUCCUGAUUGGGCCCAUUUUGAUUUCAUUUGGGGUCUUGAUGCUCCUGAGCGAGUAUACAGUGAAAUUGUUGAUCUGAUGAAGAAACAUCCAUAGAAUUGCAUAUUAAUGUGUUAGAAUUAAGCAGGAUUUAGAAGGAUUUCUAUGAAAUAAGCUUUGUUUCUGAACCAAUUGUAGGGUUAACAAAGGUGUUUGCUAUGAUUCCUUGGAUUUGCACUACUUGUCAUUACCAUAUUGUCUAUCCUGCUGGAAAUUCAGGGACCUCCUCAAGGAUCUGAAUUUGAUUUCUUAGAGGAGAGAGAUUUUUAUGGCUUCAAAUUUUUCCCAUGCCUAGAAAUGUGUUGAACAAUGAAAAUGAAAACCCUAAAAAUUUUAAUAUUUCAAUGUGAAAAUGCAAAUUUCACUAUUUGUGUGACAGUUGUGAAAAUUCACACUAAAUAAUAUAGCGGGAUUCAUUUUCCUCACGUAAGUGAAUGAUUCAAAUAACAGCCUCGCCAUACAAAAUUUCAUGUGUUUAUUUGAAUGUUUUCAACAAGGAAAGAUAAUUUCAUAACGUGAUAUUCGGGGGGCACAAAACUAACAAAAACUGCUAAGGUUUUGGUGAAAAAAAUCAUGAUCAUUUCAGGACACAAUUUAAGGCCUAUUUGUUUCUCUUAGCUUUGAGGGAUUGGGAAGAUUUUAGUGGGAGAUGAUAAUGCUCAUAAAUGUGUUUGGCUGCAGGGUUAUGUAUGUAUGCUUAUUAUUGCUAAAAAGAGAGUCCCGGAGUUGUUUAUAACUGUAUUUUUUAAAUGUGUCAAGGAGAAUCCAGAGAAAAGGAUGGAAGUGUAUGGAAUGAGUGUAUAAAUAAAAAUAAAUCAAAU